AUGCCUGGCAAGAAAGACACCAAGAAGGAUGACAAAAAGAGGGGUGUAAAACCUGAACCUGAGAAAAAGAAAGAGGAAGAAAAGAAAGGGAAGGAUGACAAGAAAGGGGGAAAGGAUAAGAAAGCUGCCAAGGAUGACAAGAAAGGAGUGAAAGAUGACAAAAAGGAAGAGAAGGAUUAUAAGAAAGGAGGGAAGGAUGACAAGAAAGGGAAGGAUAAGAAAGGAAAGGAUGAUAAGAAGGGGGGGAAGGAUGAAAAGAAAGAAGAGGACGAGGAGUUGAGUGAAGAAGAGGAAGAGGAGGAUGAUAGAGGAGGGCGGGGGCGGGGAGGUCGCGGGGCGGCGGAAAAGGGAAGACAAAAGAGAGGUGGUGAAGACUCUGAAGAAGACGAGGAGGAGGAUGAAGAUGACGAGGAGGCCGAAGAGGAGGAACCCAAAAAGAAAUCCAAAGACAGUCACCACCACCCCCAUAAAGAUGGGAUGUAUGAUGCCGAUCCCAAGAACAAGAAAGCGAAGAAAAGAGAGGAGGCAGCUCCACUCCCCAUUCGGGAAAUCCCGAAAAAAGGCCUAAAGAAUAUGUCCCGCAUGUUUAUGAAAUUUUCUGGCCUCAAGCGGCGGAGAAACAGCCGGAAGAAGCUCAAGAGCACCUCACGCUUGUUCCUCGGCCUGGGCAAGAGACGGAAACGACUGGCCAAGAAGAAGCGCCGCAAGUCCAUGCUGAAGAACACUUCUCGCUUCAUGAUGAGGUUCAAGGCCAACAAAAAGAGAAAGAAGGCGGCCAAAGAGAAGGCAGCAAACGAUGGGAAGAAACCCACCUACAUGUUGCUGCGCCUGGGUGGAGGCGGCAACUCAUCUGAGAAGGGUGGGUUCUUCAAGGGCUUGUUUGGGAAGAAAAACAGCAACAUUGGCGGCUUCAAGAGCAGGAGUACAGUGCUGGGUCGGGUCACCGCAGCGGCUAAAUGGCUGAGCAAUCGUUUUCUGUUCAACAAGAUGCGAGGGCACGCUGAGCAACACAACUGGGAGGGGCACAGUGGGUACAGCCGCCGACGCCACCUUCGCGGCUACCACAACCACGGCUAUGAGGAGUGGGAGGACCCACAUGGAUACGUUCAAAAUGGUUACGGACACUUCAAUAACGGCUAUGGCGGUCACGGUGACGAGGUAGCUUACGGCGGCCAAGAUCUAUAUGGCUAUUAUUAUAACGGCGCUGGGGUAGACUACCAGGACUUGGGGUACUAUGAAGAUGAGGGCAUCUACGAGCCCAAUGCUGAAUAUAACAUGCAAGGUCUUUAUGACGAGGACACGGGGGCCUACUAUGAUCCCCAUCUGGUUGCCCAAGGGCACUACGACAACCAGGAAGCAAUGUUAUAUGGCUACCAUCGACAACAACAAGCAAUGCCAUUGUACGAUGAAGUGGGUCUUGACUACUAUGUGCCAAUGGGUGAGGAUCAAAUGUAUCAUCAGGCUCAGGUUAAUUAUAAUGAAACUGGGCAAGGCAUUAUCUAUGGCAAUGGGCAAGUCGAUUAUUUUGACAACAGGCAAGCAUAUUACAAUAAUGUUCAUGCAGCAGCUUUGGGAAUGCAAGAUGGAGCUCUGCCAAACUAUCAUGAUGUUGUGGGUUUGCCCUACCAAGACUACAGCUCUCAGCAGAAGGUUGGUUUUCCCCCAGGAGGCCAACAGGUCUCUGGAGGGCAAGUGAUGGACGUAGAGGGUCUAUAUGUGGACCAGUAUGCGGACCAGAUGGAUCAGUAUGGGAGUGAUAGUGGUGGGCUCCAGGGGGGAGAGACAUUCCGAGUUCCCAGACCUCAAGUGCGCCUCUUUGGAAAAGAGCGCCUCGACGUACUGCUUCCCCCUCCGCCUAAUCUUCCACCUGAUCCAGAAUUUGAAGACAUGUCCGAUAUUCAAUACGAAGACCAGAUUCCUCUUGCGCCAGGUCAUCCAACUGGCAUGAUGUUACAGCAACAAAGAAUGUCUACGCAAGAGCAAAUGAUGAUGUCCUCUCAGCACCCAAUGCCAGCCAACUCACCGCAGCAGCAAAUAUUAGGGGAGCAAAGUAUGGUACCCCAAAUGCUGCCAACCCAAGUCAUGUCUCCACAAAACAUGUUAAUCCCACAGCAAGGGAUGUUAACGCAGCAUGAGAUGUUACCACAACAAGCGAUGUUGCCACUGCAAGGGAUGCCGCCACAAAUGAUGGUUACCCAAGCAAUGAUGUCACCAGAAGAGCAGAUGAUGUCGCAGCAGCCGAUGAUAUCGCAACAAAUGAUGAUUCCCCAAGCAAUGAUGUCACCAGAAAACCAGAUGAUGUCACAGCAAAUAGCAUCACCCCAUUCACAGAUGAUAACCCAGCAGGGUUACGGCCUUCCAUCAAUCCCCACACCUACUGCGGUGUUAAUCAAGCAAGCAGCGAAAUUCUCCCCCCUCACCCAGGACGUCAAUGAUAUUGCAUUCUGGUCCCUCUUCACCACGUGCCUCCAUGAGAAGAUGCGUCCUGCUUCGCCCUCGCUCAAGCACACGUCAUAUUCUGCAUCCCCACGCCUCUCUCCUCGACAUUCCCGUUUGUCAUCCCCCCUGUUGCCUCCUCACGGUGUCCAUCCACCGGAGCUGUACACCUCGACCCCUUAUGUGGAUCCUUUCACUGAUCCAGUUGCUACCCCUGCUUUGCCAAUGCUAUCUAUUGCCCUGAAAAAUCAAGCUAUCAGACAGGCCUCUUCAGUUUCCUCUUUUGGCCCUCCAGUCAUUCCAGUGGUGGGCAUGGAUGGAAUGGCAGCCCAAUAUGCAGAGCCGUAUCCUUCCUCAUCCCCUUUGCUUUCUGCUGCAAUGCAAAACCAAGCACUUCGAGAUGCCACCUACCUUACCUCGUUGGCCCCCCACGAGUCACCCCCGAUCCCUUCCUCUCCGCUUUUGUCCAGAGCACUGCAGAAUCAAGCGGUGAAAGACGCCUCCUACAUUUCUCCUUUGCAGAGGCGACUAUCUCCUCACGAGGAGCCCAUGGCCCCUUCCUCCCCGAUGGUGUCAAGUGCCCUGCAAUACCAUGCGAUAAGAGACGCAUCCUAUGCUCCUCCUCUACAAAGGUCACUCUCUCCUUACGAGCACCCCAUGGCCCCUUCCUCCCCGAUGGUGUCUAGAGCACUGCAAAACCAGGCGUUGAGAGACGCAUCCUAUGCUUCUCCUCUGCAAAGGCCGUUAUCACCUUUUGAGCAGCCUCCGGCCUCUUCCUCUUCGAUGGUAUCCAAAGUGCUGCAAAACCAGGCAGUGAGAGAUGCCUCCUAUGUGUCUUCCCUUCAAAGGCCUCCGUCCCUGUAUGCUCCACCUGGGCCUUCAUCUCCACUGCUUUCUGGAGCCAUGAGACACGGUCAGGUACUCCAGAAUCUAGCGUCCUAUCCCACUCCGCACCUCCACUCACCAUAUGGGCAAACGUAUGUUACCGGGUACGAUUACAUCUCUGAGCCUGGUCCAGCACCGCUGCUCUAUGAUGCUUUGCAGAACCGCUCCGACUUUCAGAACGUUGCAUCUUUAAGAUCCCCAAUGAUGCAACGGCAUAACCCUUAUGCUCCGGUCACCCCCAAGCUCCAUACUGCACUGCAGCAAAACCCAAAUCUCCGCCAAGCAUCCUAUCAGACUCCUUUGAAACUCAGUCGGUCAGCCUACGCACCCCCGCCACCUUCUUCACCGUUGCUGGCGAAUGCCAUUCACAAUCCACAGCUGAUGCAGGCAUCCUACCGGUUGCCGGACGGAACCUUGGACCCACGGGUUCCCCAGCAGCCCAUGUCUCCUAACCUUGCCAGAGCGCUUCAGAACCAGGAUCUCAGGACUGCUACUUACACUCUACCUGAUGGCACAAUUAUAGACCCUAAAAACCAACAACCUGUUUCCCCAGACCUCGCAAAGGCACUAAAGAACCCUGCUCUCCGUGAAGCAUCCCACUCGCUCCCUGACGGUACCAUCGUCAUUGACCCAAAAAAACCAAAAUCUCCCAACCUCACGGCAGCACUUCAAAACCCUUACCUAAAAUCGGCAUCUUACACACUGCCAGAUGGCACUAUAAUAAUUGACCCCCGGAAGCCUGUUUCUCCGAGUCUUGCUAACGCCCUUCAGAACCCUACCCUCAGGAAGGCCUCCUUUAACCUGCCGGAGGGAGUUCGGGACCCCAAUACACCUAUACCGCCAGACUUAUUAAAGGCUCUUAAUAACCCGGCCUUGAAAGGGGCAACCCUCACCCUCCCCAAUGGAACCAUGAUUGUCGACUCAAUGAAACCAAAGACUCCCAACCUGACCUCUGCCCUUCACAACCCCUACCUUAGGGGUGUAUCUUACACUCUGCCUGACGGAACCAUCAUCAUCGACCCGCGCAAACCGAUCACUCCGGACUUGUCAAAAGCUCUUGCAAAUCACAGCAUUCGGAAUGCUUCAUAUCAGCUCCCUGAUGGUUCCCUGGUUAUCCCUGGUCAGCAGCCUGCGACUCCAAACCUCACCGCUGCUUUGAGGAAGAACAUGGGCCUUCGUUCAUCUGAUCUCUUCCACCUCCCUCAAAACUCUGUGUUCAAGGGGGCACCGAAACCCGACAGUCCGAACCUAUACUCUGCCCUGAAGAAUGACGAGCUGCGUGGCAUCUGUUACAGGCUGCCAGAUAGCUCUGUCCUCACAAGACGGUUCAACAAUCCCAACCUGGCCAACGCCAUCCAAAACCAGCAGCUUCGCUAUGCUUCCUACAGGCCCCCAACUGCACUAUAUGGCACAGAUAAUCGCUACGCCCCAAUCCCACCCUAUGGACCGCACUCGGGUCACUGGGCCCGGAAUGCCAGGGGCGGCGGCGAAACCGGGGAGGAUGUGUGGGCCUCUGAGAGAGUUUUACCCCAUGGCACGGUCCAGCAUCUGGCCAAGUGGUCCAUGUAUAGAGAGACAGGUGUGUUGGAUGGAUAUUUACCCACAGCCGACAUCAAGAACGGAGAGCUUCAGGAUCCAGACUGGACUCCCGUCCGAGAGAGGGUUCCUGGGCAGAGCUGGUAUGACAAGAUCUACUCUAUCCUAAGCAUGCCGACAACCAGCCACAGGGUGAAGCCCUGGGCCGAGGGCGUGGAGGACUUGACACAACUGCCAGAACUGAAUGAGACCACUGUCCUGAUGAACCUCAAGAAACGCUAUGACCAGGAGCUCAUUUAUACGUACAUCGGCGGCAUCCUGGUCUCCAUCAACCCAUACAAGCUUCUCAACAUUUAUGGCACAGAUAUUUUACUCCAGUACGAGGGACAUGGCCUGAGCGACAACCCUCCUCAUCUUUUUGCCCUUGCUAAUCUCUCCUACACCAACAUGAUGGAUGCCAAAGACAACCAGUGUAUUGUGAUCAGUGGAGAAAGCGGGUCCGGGAAGACGGAAGCCACCAAAUUGAUCCUGCGUUACUUGACAGCCAUACAUCACAAACGCAAUGUGACACAACAGAUAGAGAUCUUGGAAGCCGCGCCCCUGUUGGAGUCAUUUGGCAACGCCAAAACGGUGUGCAACGACAACUCGUCACGCUUUGGCAAAUUCACAGAGAUCUGCAUGGAGGAGGGUGUAAUCAGCGGUGCCAUAACAUCUCAGUACCUGUUGGAGAAGUCCCGCAUUGUCUUUCAGGCCAAAUCGGAGAGAAACUAUCACAUCUUCUACGAGAUGCUGGCGGGCCUUCCUCCACGCGAGAAGCGCUCACUGUAUCUGCAGGAUCCCGAAACCUACUAUUAUCUAAAUCAGGGAGGGGACUGCAAAAUCGUGGGCAAGGACGAUGCCGAAGACUUCUGCCGCCUCCUGAGCGCUAUGGAUCUCCUGCGCUUCAAUGCCGAGGAGCGAAAGGGCAUCUACCUGCUCCUUUCCUCCAUCCUCCAUCUCGGCAACGUCUACUUCCAGUCACACCAGGCUGGAGGUCAGGAGGUGGCGGCGGUGGUGAGCACUCAGGAGAUCCGAGUGGUCGCUGACCUGCUACAGGUGUCGCCCGAAGGCCUACAGAAGUGUGUCACCUUCAAAGUCAUGGACACAGUCCAUGAAAAGAUCUCCACUCCGCUCACAGUGGAGAGCUCUGUGGAUGCCAGAGACGCCGUUGCCAAGAUCCUCUACUCGCUGCUCUUCAACUGGCUGAUAGAGCGUAUCAACGGACGGGUAUAUCCUCGCAACGAGGUGCUCUCCAUCUCCAUACUGGACAUUUAUGGAUUUGAGGAGCUGGAGGUGAACAGUUUUGAGCAACUGUGCAUCAACUAUGCCAACGAAACGUUGCAAUUCUUUUUUAACAAAGUCAUCAUCCAGCAAGAGCAGGAGGAGUACAUGCGAGAGCAGAUCGAGUGGCAGCAGCAGCCCUUCAGUUCUAACCAGGCCUGCUUGGACCUGAUUGCCGCAAAGCCUCAUGGGAUUCUGCGCAUACUUGACGAUCAGUGUGGUUUCCCUCAGGCAACAGACCACACUUUCCUGCAAAAGUGCCAUUAUCACCAUGGUAAUGACCCCCUGUAUGCCAAGCCAAAGAUGCCUCUGCCCCAGUUCACCCUCAAGCACUAUGCCGGGAAAGUUACCUACCAGGUGAACAAGUUUCUGGACAAGAACUUUGACACGGUCCGCCAGGAUGUCCUGGACUUGUUCAUCCACAGCAAAAACAGAAUCGUGUCGGACCUUUUCUUGAAACAUUCUGAGGUGUUGUCCCAGCAUCGGUCCAGCACGCGGCGCAGCAGCACGGCUCGCCGCUUCCAAGCCAGCACGGUCAGCGUUAAGUUCCAGAGCAGCUUGCAGGAGCUACUGGAGAAGAUGGAGAGGUGUCACCCUUAUUUUGUGCGCUGUAUCAAGCCAAACCAGCGUAAGGAAGCUGCAAUGUUUGACAUGGACCUGGUCUCGACGCAGCUGCGCUACUCUGGAAUCAUGGAGACCAUCCGGAUACGCAAGGAGGGCUAUCCCAUUAGACUGACAUUUCACAGCUUCCUAUCCAGGUACAAAGCGCUGCUCUGUUUGAAGGACCCCCCCAUGGCCGACCAAGAAAACUGCGUCAUAAUGCUGAGAAAGUUGGGACCCGUCAAGGUCGGCUCCUACCAGCUGGGAGUCACUAAGAUCUUCCUGAAGGAGGAUCUGUAUCAGCUCCUGGAGGGAAAGCGCGACCGCGUGCUCAACAUCGCCGCCCUCACGCUACAGAGAUACGUGCGCAUGUACUUCAUACGCAAGAACUUUAUCAAGUUCCGACACCGCAUGACGCAGCUGCAGGCCAGAUGCAGAGGAUGCGUCGUCAGAAAGAAGUUUGCCCGCAGGAGGAAAUAUCUCGUCAAGUUACGUGCCAUGGUGCGAGUCAUCGUCAACCGGCAGUGGUACAUGAGGACGGUGGUGAAGCCAGCGCGGAAGGCUGAGGAGGUGAGGGAGCAAGAGGAGGAGGAGCGCAUCAACCGAGAAGUGGUGAACGUGACCACACUCCCCAUCCCCGCUGAGUUGGCGGCGCUGCUUCAGGCAGCUUCAGGUGGUGCCGAGCUGCACUCGGACUGCCUGGCGCUGGUCCAGGCUCCCAAAGUUAAGGUUGAACCACAGAUGACCUUACCCCUGGACAUCAACAACUACCUCAUGACUCAUUAUAUCCGCACCAUAUUUAGGGACCCAUACUUUGGAAUGCUGACAGCCCCUCUGGAAAACUCCCUGACCCGAAUGGAUCAAAACUUGAAGCUAGGAGCCCUAAAUAUCUUUGUCCUGAUUCUUCGCUUCAUGGGUGACCCGGAGCUGAACGGGGCUCAGGAGAACCUCUUUGGGAAUUACAUCAUCCAGAGAGGGCUUGGCAACGCCGAGCUCCGAGACGAGAUCUUGGCUCAAGUGGCCAAUCAGGUGUGGAGGAAUCCCAACAUGCUGAAUUGUGAGCGUGGUUGGCUCUUCUUGUCCUCAUGUUUGUCUGCCUUCCUGCCUUCCCCAAGUCUGGCCAAGUACCUGCUCAAGUUUGUGUCAGACUAUGGGCCCGAGGGCUAUGACUCUGUGUGUCAGCACGCUCUACUGCAGGGCAUGCAGCGGCGCAGCGGCGGGCCCGAGUACACGCGCACCUACCCGCCAUGUCUGCUGGAGUGGACCGCCAACCGCAAGAGAGCACACACCCUACUCCACGUGCACUGCUGUGAUGGUUUGUCUGUCCUGUGUCCUGUGCACUCUUGGACUACAGGGGAGAACAUGGCCAAAGACAUCUUGCAUCACAGGGGUGUGACGGAGGGCCGUCGAGGCUGGUCGGUGGUGCUUAAGGAGUCAGCACAGUGGGUGGAACUUGAGGGCUCGGACUAUGUCUUGGACCUAAUGUCAGACCUGGAGCUGCCCACCCAAUUCCCCAAGAACAGCAGCUACUUCAUUAUCUCUUCACAGGAACCAGGACGCGUACGAGCCAAUGCCAGCAUAAGUCUGCUGGGUGGCUGCUUUGACGGCAAUGACGACGCCCUAUCGUCGGCCCACAUCGCCCACGAUCACUUCGCUAGCCAGGACCUGGAGCCUCAUCGAGGGAUGGAUCGCUAUUUGGACAGCCUGUUUGACUCUGUGCUGUCCGACGAGAGCACGGAAGUGGAUCCAGCUGUGGUGCUCUCCAGCAGGUUGAAGGGCCGUGGAGGAGUCGGCUGGCAGGACCAAGGACCUUCGGGCGGCCCACCGCCUCCACCUGGCGCUGUACGAGUCCUGCCCGUGGGAGGUGUGAUGUCACUUCCUGUUGCCACCGUGGCCCCCGUGACAGACGCCCUGUCGAUCGCCCAGACCUCUCCCAUCUUGAGCCCUCCCACCAGCACCCUACUCCAGCACCCUCCAAGCCCAUACGCCACCGACAUUGCCCCAAGUCCCUAUGCCAACAUCCCGCCCAGCCCGUAUGCCAACUUCACACCGUCUCCCUAUGCCAUCGUGGGCCUGGCAUCUGGUCCUUACCCUCCGACGUCGGAGCCUGAGCUGGACCCUCAGACAGGCGACGCCCAAAUCAACAGGAGCAGAUCCACCUCGCCGCCACAGGCUAAUGAACAGGUUGCUGCAUUUUGCAAUAAUGAGCCAAUGAAAUGUUAUGCUGCUCAGGCUGUGUCUCGUGAUAAUAAAAAGGAAAGCGGUCCUCGGAGGAGAGCUCCUGGAAUUCCCAUCAACAAGGACAAACCCACCCAAAAUUUUGCCCCAGUGCCAAUGUCUCCUGCCCCCCCUGCUGGCGAAGGGGUGAAGUACUCGGCUCAGACUUCUGAGCAGAUUGUGCCCAGUCAGGAUAUUCAAGAAAUUAUUAGGCGGUACAACUCUCCACCUCCCUUGGUGGAGCCACUGCCACCUGAAAAAAGGAGACCAGAGGGUAAAUUUAAGAAGAAGCAAACGCCUCGUGAUGAAGCUUUGCAGAUCUUAAAACCGCAGAUGGACAACCCUCCUGCUCCACAGCCCAAGCAUCCCCUGGUCCCCCCGCCCUCUGCAUCUGCCAUGAAGGAGAGCACCUUCCAGCCUACCAAGAACACAAAGAGGAAAGCUCCUCAUCGUCCGGUGCCGGUACCUCCACCAGUUUCUCGAGAGCUUCCAGUGGAAACGGAGAGAAUCCAGACCAAACUGCACCAGAGGACCAACCAGGAACACUACACCUACACCAACGUUCCCUGGAAACUCUACCUUAGGAAAGAGGUGUUCUAUCCCAAGGACAGCUUCAAUAAUCCGCUGGUGUUGGACCUCAUUUUCAAACAGAUCAUCAACGACACCCUGUCAGAGGCGUGCGUCCGCAUCCGCCGGGAUGAAAGGCAGCAGAUGAAAGCUCUCUUUGAUGAACAUGGGGUGCAGCAGAACACCGAUCCGGUACAGGAACACGUGAAGAAAACCAUCAUCACGGCCGCUAGGGACACCUGGGAAAUCUACUUCUCCCGACUCUUCCCGGCAUCAGGUAGCGUGGGAACAGGAGUGCAGGUGUUGUCGGUGUCACAAGGCGGCAUCAAGCUGUUAAAGACGGUGAAAAGCAGCGCCACAGCUCCAGACUACUUCAGAGUCCUGAGAGCAUACACUUACGCAGACAUCCUGUUUGUGACCAUCCCCUCUGAGAACAUGCUGGAAUUCAACCUGAGCAACGAGAAGCUGAUCCUGUUCUCGGCCAAGGCGCCGCAGGUGAAGCACCUGGUGGACACCUUUAUCGGCGAGAUUAAGAAGGAUUCUGAGUAUGUGAUCGCGGAGCGCAACUUUGUCGCCAACCAGCGUGCCAUGCUCAAGUUCCACAAGGGCGAUGUCAUCAGACUACAGGUGCUGGACGGCCUGGACAAAGGUUACAGUUAUGGCUGUGUGGUGAGGAAGAAGGUGGUUUUCUUGGAGGAGCUCAAGAAGGACACACAGGACUUUGGUUGGAAGUUUGGCGCGGUGUUCGGUCGCUCUGGCGCCUUCCCAUCCGAGUGUAUCCAUCCCAUUGCUCCUCCUGACUUCCUGUCCCUGCCGUUGGACCGCAAGGCGGAGCCCCGAGGCGGCGCAGGCCAGUUUGCUGUGUCGUCGGCGGUGGCUGUGGCCGUGGCGUCCACCAUGGCCGCAUAUGAGAUAGACCAGACCAUCCAAAGGGUUUCUCUGGAUGGCUUUAAUGAAGAAAUGGACGAGAGGACUUUGCUGGACAGUAAGUACGACAUGCUGGAGUUUGCCAGGAAGUAUUUCAGACAGGCUGCCACUGGGAGAGGGGACUCCCUGAAGAACAAGAGCAAGAGCCGAGACUCCAGGGAACCCGAGGAAAUGAUCAAGUUCUCUAAGAUUCCCCUGAGUGAGUCCCUCAUAGAGUUCACGGAUCCGGCCAUGAACCGAGUGGCGGCGGACCUUUUCCUCUCGGUGAUGCGCUUCAUGGGGGACUUGUCGUUAAAGGGGCUGACGGAGCAGGAAGUGGUCAGCACUUUCCUCAAGUUGGUAGGAAAGUUCACCUUGAUGAGGGACGAGGCCUACUGUCAGGUGGUCAAACAGGUCACAGCUAACACCAGCUCCAAACCUGACAGCUGCCAGCGAGGGUGGAGGCUGCUAUACAUCUUGACGGCAUUCAGUCGCUGCUCUGAGGUUCUCAAGCCCUUCCUGCUCAAGUACCUGACACAGGCCUCCCACGGUGCUGGGGUGCAGUAUCAGGGCAUCGCUAAGGCAUGCGAACACAAUCUGAAGAAAACUUUCCAAUACGGCGGCCGCACUGUUCCGCCCAACAACAUGGAGCUCAAAGCCAUGAUGGCGGGUAGAAGCUCCAAGCGCCAGCUGUUCCUCUUUCCGGGGGGCUUGGAAAGCCACGUGAAGAUCAAAACAUGUUCUGUUUCCCUGGAGGUUAUGGAGGAGCUGUGCUACGAGAUGGGCCUCCACAGAGUGGAGGCCAUCGAGGAGUACGCCAUCUUUUUGGUCACAGACGGAGGUCAGAACGUGCGUCCUCUCAGCAAACACGAGUACAUCCUGGAUGUGGCCACCGACGCAGAACUGGUAGACAACAACUACAGCUUCUGGUUCCGACGCGUCGUCUGGACUCAGCCUCUCAAAUUUGACAACGAGCUCUAUGUGACCAUGCACUAUAACCAGAUCCUUCCGGACUACCGCAAAGGUCUCCUGAACGUUCUCCUGCCAGGAAAAGUUAGCGAUCAGCAGUUCCAUCAGAUCUCCAAGCUCGCUGCCUUGCAGCACCGAGCCAAAGACAUCGUCUUCAUCCCCAGCAUACACGAGCUGUCAGAGUGCAUUGCUGCGCCGCUCUUCAAAAACCAGCCGCCGCAGCAGUGGCUUGCCAUGGUGAUGCAGCACAUGCAGCAGGUCCAGACCCUCAGCCCGCACCAGGCUCGAGCACAGUUUAUGGGGCUGGUAAGCGCGUUCCCCAUGUUUGGCUCGUCGUUCUUCUACAUCCACAGCAGCAGCUCUACCUCCUUCUACACCCCCUGCAUCGUUGCUGUCAAUCAAAAUGGUCUUCAUUUCCUGCACAAAAUCACACAUGAGGUGAUGGCAGUGGUCCCCCUGGUCGAAGUGCAAUCCAGCCGCACCCAGAGGCCCUCUGCCGGGGCCAGCUACCCGUACGUGGACCUGGCUCUGGGUGAUAUGGACACGCAGCGGCUCAUCCAGCUGCAGCUAGAACAGGGCCUGGAGCUGUGUCGAGUGGUUGCCAUGCAGGUGGAGAACAUGAUGUCGGCGCGGGAGAAGCGACUCACCCUGCCGCCCAGCGAGAUCACCAUGUUAUAGUGCUCCGAGAGCCCAGGGCUGGUUAAAACUUUGUGCUCAGAGGUGAAGUUUGAUUUUUGAAAGAGACAGUAGGCCCAGGUCAUUUAGACGAGGUAAAAAAAAUUCAAAAAGGAAUGAAAAAAAGUUAAAAUGUGUAUGUAAAAUAAAAAUUGGCAAUAGCCUUUUGUCAGGUAAAUUAAAACGUUUCUACACUGUUGUAGACAAAGAAACCUAAAUAGUAAUAUUUAAAAGUUUAUUUUCACAAUAAAAAAAUUAUUCUCACAUUUUAAUGUUAUUAUUUAUA